AUGUUGAUUGUGGUGGGUUCAUGUGCGUCACACCCACAAACGUGCUCCAAUAUUAUCGAGCAGUGCAUUGUGGGAUUUCAAAAUGGAGUCCCUGCAGCGGCUGACAGGCGCGAUGCCCUGUGUUAUGUAGCCGACACACUGCCGUUAGCUGGCGGAAUAUCCUCUUGUCUUCACGCCUUACACACUCCCGUGACAUUACACACUAUGGGGGUUUGGUGUAUCGCCAGAGGUGCGUUCACGUCCGCCGGUUGUCUCGGUGUUUACGCCGGGAAAUACACCGGUCGGCAUUUGUGCGUCACGUUCCUCUCCGGGGGUUCAGCUCCAGUCGGGACCCGUGUCAGGAGGUAUAGCCAGGAGCCAGGUCACGGGAGAGAUGUCCCCGGACGGUUCGUGUGCUACCACCUGCCUCACAGGACCUUGGUCAAGAUCCAGGGAGCAGACACAAGCCCGUUUCUUCAGGGGAUCAUAACCAAUGACAUGGAGCUGCUGGAGGAGCCGGGAACCACAGCCAUGUACUCACACAUGCUAAAUGUACAGGGAAGGACACUGUAUGACAUCAUAUUGUACAGUCUGAGAGAAGCUAAUGCAGGACCUGGUGUUUUCCUGGAGUGCGACCACACAAUUAAAGACUCGAUCUUGAGACAUUUGAAGAUGUACAAGAUCCGCAGAAAGGUCAACAUAAGCCCCUGUCCAGAGCUUUCUGUUUGGGCGGUGCUUCCCAAGCAGAAGAAUGCAGGUCAAGAGGCCAGUAAACCGGAGCUCUUGUCUCCAGACAAAGCUCUGGUAUGGGAGACUGAUCCUCGAACUCGGGAAAUGGGCUGUAGAUUGGUGUUGGACAGUCAAGUAGAUCCCUUGGAUAUCAUUGCGUCAUGUCAGAAAGGCGACACAGAGGAGUAUCAUCGACAUCGAUAUGCAAUAGGACUUCCUGAGGGAGUGAAGGACCUCCCCCCUGGAGUGGCGCUACCACUUGAGUCAAAUCUCGUCUACAUGCAGGGCAUCAGCUUCAGCAAGGGCUGUUACAUUGGCCAGGAGCUCACAGCCAGGACUCAUCACACUGGCGUGGUUCGGAAACGCCUGAUGCCAGUACGCCUGUCAGCUCCAGUUCAAGACCUCGAGGAAGGAGCUGCGCUGCAGACAGAGUCGGGCAAGCCAGCUGGGAAGCACCGAGCGGGAGUCGGAGAGCUGGGUCUGAGCCUAAUCCGCAUCGCUCAUGCCAAAGAGGUACUGAUGCUCAAAUCUUCAGACGAUGCCACCGUGACACUUGAGGCCUCCGUGCCAGACUGGUGGCCUCAAGACGUGAAAAUCAACUGAAGAGGAUGUUUCACAGCUCCCUCAAAUGUGGCAUGCAUCACAUCUGACAAGACUUCUCAUUGACAGAACCCCCAAGUACAGUAUGCUUACACUGUCAUUGCUUAGCAGCUGUGUAGCACUAAUGCAUAUUUGUGAGUAUCUUUGUUUUGUUUGCAAUAAAAGACAGUGAUUUUUCCCAAAAUUGUAAAGCAUAAUUUACCACAGAAUUAUGCUGUAACAAAUCAAUUGCAGCAUUAAACGGGAUAAACCAACUGUGAAUGAUAUUGGUUCUUGUUGAAUAAAUAUGCACAACAGCGACACAAAAACUCAAA